AGAUUUUUAAUACAAGUUUCCAAGAAAUAAAUAGUAGUUGUAGAUAUUUAAAUCUUAAAUAAGAAUAUACCACCUUGUUUGAAGUUUAUCUAAAAUUGUUCCUCUUCUCGUUUGUUUCUGUUUUCUUCACCCCUUAACACUUAAUCCGGGCCACGCCCAUGCCCACGACGACGCCCACAAAGCCAUGGAAGACCGGCGCCAGAGAAUUCGGGCUUAUCGGCGGGCCCGCCGGAAGUUUGCCUGCACGGUCUACAUGGUGACCAUAGCUUGGAUGGUUUUGGCCCUGCUGCAAUGGCUUCUGGUCUGCCUAAUAGACGACAUAAGGCAGGUUUUCAUAGAACAUUACUGGAUCAGCGUGAUCUUCUUUUCCGUGGCAAUGCUGCUGGUCACGCUGUUUAUAUUCUUCGAGAAGAUCCGCUUUAUCAUAGGACUCAAUUGGCUUCUCACCCUGCUGAUAGUUGAGUUCGUGAUCAUAGGUAUAUUUGCACUGGCGGCUCGAAGUCGUUGGGAAGAUCUAAUAAUGUGGUUUUUCAUCUGUGUGCUACUUGUCUUUCUCUUCGUGCUGCUAGGAUCUAUUAUACCACACGAUCUCACUUUGGACGUGGUGAUUCUGUUUGUGCUGGCCUUCAUUUUCCUCAUCGUCACCGUCUUUUUUGUCAUGAUGCACGUUCUACUCGAUAUGCCCUACUCCUUUGUGGUCUUCCAGAUCUUCAUCAGCAUCAUUGUCCUAUUGUUUGUGAUGUACCAUGCACAGACCAUCAAUGGUGGGCGCUUUGCCGAAAUGCGACUCAAUGAUCACUUGCUGGCAUCACUCAUCCUCUUCCACGACUUCAUCAUCAUCUUCCUAUUGACCUUCUAUGCGCAAAUUAUCUACCGGAUAGCAUCCAGGGCGACUACCUCCACGAGGGCACCUGUACAGGGCACCUGGGUUCAAACGACUGAUGAUGACGAAGCCGUGGAAGUUAAGACGUUAGAAACUAGCAAAGAGUCGAACACAGAGGAAGGUGUUGGCGAAGACAGACUUUUACUCUAAUCAUGAAACACGAUGGACUGAGAAAAAUCAAAAGAAGAAUAAGCCUUCCGACAGCCAAACCAGUCUAUGGUAUAGAAAACAUGUCCUUACAACCUGAGCCUCCAAAAACCUUAUGAUUAAAUUUAUUUCCCAUAAAAA